GACGCAUGAGCGUGCAGUGCAGCGUGGGGUUGUGUGACGAUGUGUGUGUUUAUGCGGAGGAGGAAUGUUUGUGUAUAAGAUUGUGUGCGCGAGGACACAUAGUCAAGUACAUGCUAGACUGAAGCAGGGAGAGGAGGCGAUUUGACGGUGCUUCCAUGAAUUUUCUCCCCUACACAGACAUUUCUUGACUGCGCAACUAGAAAGGAAUUCUGAGCUAGAAGUUACAGGUUUGAUGUUUUGGUCUGACGAUGAAGCCAAUCCCCGAAGCAUCCCUGUUGGAUACUGAAGUGACGCUCCAAACCUUCUGAGUCCAGACAAUGGAUUGGACUUUUGAUCAAAUAUCAAUGUAGAGUCUGAAGAUGUUCACAUUCUGUUUUUUUUGUUCAGCUCAAGGUGGUUGAAAUUUUUGCGGUAUUGUAGGAUGACUUAAUGGUCCUUACAAUAAGAUGAGUAUUUGUAAUCCCAGUGAGAGUGUCACCGAUGAGGAGAAAAGUGACACCAGCAUGAAACUCUCUCUUCACAGUGCAGGAGACCACAAUGGAAAUGCUCUUCCAACUUCCUCAUCUUCCUCGCCUUCCAUCAGUUUGGGAGAAUCAUCUCCAGACUCAUUAUGCAGUCGGAGCAGCAUCAGCAGUGGAUAUACUGUCAGUCCUCAAGACUAUGACAUGCUCGAAGUCACCCUGACAACGACUUUAUUGACUGAAACAAAAGAAAUUGAAGAGGAUGACAUUUCCAACUGUGAGCACGAGGACAAAAAUAUUUUCGACAAAGAUAAUGUCGGUGCAUUUACAAAAAUGCAAACAGCAAAUGAGAUGUCAGAAUCAAAUGACAACUCUUUAUCAGUUUACCUUGAUGCCAGUGCUGGUGAACAUCAAGAAACCAGGAAUGACAAUGACAACCUUGCUCUGUCCCCACCUCUGAUAUCUGAUACUGAGGACCAUGGUAAUAAUUGUGACAACAGAAAUAGAAAGAGACAUGGCUCAUCAACUCCGGACUCAGAAGAAACUGAAAUUCUUGUAGAUGAUGAUAUUGCUGAUCAUGAUGAUGCUGCUGAAGAUGAAGCUUUGUAUUUUUCAAUCAGCUCAGACUUUGAUGCACCGAGAACCAGCACAGCCCAUACAAACUCACCCAAUCCAAGCUUGUUUAGCAGAGUGCUGUUACCUGAGCACCAGCUCAAUAACAAUGAAACUAUGAAUGAUCCGAGAUCAGAGGUAGGCAUCGAAGAAGUACAGAUUAUGUGUCCGCUGACUUCGCUUGGCAAAACAUCUGAGGACAUUAGUGACACCACCCACAAAUUGGCUGUCACUCCCUCUGCAGUCAGUCCUGUCCAAGAAGCCAAGGACAAUGUCCGUUUACUAAAUUGCACAAAAAACUAUAAGAAGCUUGCCGGAAACCCAAGCAGACUAAAACUCAAAUCAAACAUUCCCUUGGCUGGAGCUUCCAAAAUGUCAAAUAGUGACGAAAAUAGGCUAUCCAAAUUGGACCUUAAAAACAUCAAGGCUAAAGUUGGAUCACGACCCACACCGUCGCCACCAAAAAUAACGGGCCAGAAUAAGUCUGCAUCAGCGAUUGAAAGGAAGGCUUCCCCUAGGAAGGAGGAAAUGAAGACUUUUUAUGGCGGUAAAAGGCAAAGACCCUCUAGUGGUACUGUUAAAGUGGCUGGUAUUCUGAAACCAAUCCGACGACAAAACACUAACAGCAAUACCAGCCAUAAGACAGCAGCCAGUGACUCAAAAAAGUCGAAAAGGCAGAGUUUGGCCUUCAGCGGAACACUUUCAGACUGCGCCGGUGCCCUGCACACGAAGGUGACUGAAGAGCAAUGCACGGUAACACCCAGAAAGCUAGUCCAGGAGCUUUCUGAUAAAAGUGUAGUAAAUGUAGAGUGUAAGAAUCAGAGUUCCAUACCUGGUGAAGAAUGUGUGGAGGACUAUUGGGAGGACGCUGGUGAGGCUCUUCUGACUCUGCCCAAUUUGGAUAAACCAAUAAAUCACUCCUGGAAAGUCUCCAAUUUGGGGCCCACUGUGAGGCAGCCAGGGAAAAGCAUUAGAGUGGAUAAGGGACCAGUUCCACCUCCAGGACCAGAUGGCCCCAGGCUCCGACAAAGCCAGACUAAUGGACCUAUAUUGAAAGAAGUUGCUCAGAGUGCCUGGGAUGGAUCUCCAGUGAGAGUGAGACAUGUUCAAAGUCAGAACCAUGGCGUCACCAAGCCCCGCACCACACAAGAGCAACCGACUUCCCCAUCGACCUCUGGCUUUUCAAAUUCCAACUUAAAAACGACAUCUAGUCUCCAACCAACCUCAGUGGUGUGUGGGCGACCAGUUUUAAAUUCUACAUCCAAGCUUCCUGUUAAAGGAUUACCUUCGAGCCUUAAUUUUCCAGUGCUGGGAUGUAAUGAGAAUAACGGACCUACAAGCAAAGCUUCUCCCAAAUCUUCAUGUAUCACCAGGUCGGACGAGAGGGCCAGCAGAAGCAAUCCUUCCAUAGGCAGUCCGAGUGGGAAAAAAACCUGGGGUCCCAGUAGUUCCUGUGACUCUGUUACCUUUUUUAACAGCACUUGUGUUACUGCUGUUCCCAAGUCACAUUCAGUCAGAGGCAAAGCUCUUUCACCGCAGUCCCGAACAACAGCUACAGGUGUGAAGGUCCCGUCAGUCAACAACCAGAGCACCGUCAAGACAGCAACAGCUAAUCAAACAGCCAAGACAUCACAAACUGUCAAUCAGGUGUUGACAAAGCAACCAUCUAAUUUUCCACUGCAGAGAAUCACCUCCGCAAGGCUCAGCGGACUCAGCGGAACAGUUGACAAAAACAAGCCAAGGGACGUCCAUGCAAGAUCCACAAACAAUCGCAGCAGCUCACCACUUCCAUCGCUUGCACCAGGAAACAAGCAGCAGAAUCUGUCACGAGCACAGGGUCAAGAUGUGGUGAACACCAGUGUGCCAGUGACACCAGUUUACCCCGCGUCUGUUUCCAUAAACGCUGGGUUGGGAACAACGGGACCCAGUGCACCAGCGUUCAAAGCAAGAACAAGUUCUCGUUCCAGCCCUAAAAAUGGAAUGCGUUUGCAAAGUGCAAGCAAGCCUGCUGUGUUCGCAGCUAAACCGAACCAGAGCAAAGAGAUUACGGAGAAUAAAAAACAGGCCAGCCAUCUUUGGAAACUUGUCAUCCAAGCAAAUAAAAAAGUGGAGGCGUUUGCUACGGUGAUUCAGCAUCUCUUCAAUGAGCAUGAAGAGGCUUUCAAGCUAAAGACGGACUUGUCGCUAGAACUGGCAAAGCUGAAAGAGGAGCUGGUUGCAUCGUCUCAAUGCUGUGACCGUUUGCACAAGGAGAAGGAGGAGGCACGCAUAAAUUUGGAGGAGGCCUUAAAAAGGCUAGAUGAGCAACACAAGGAUGAAUUGGUGCAGCUAGAGGAGAGAUUGAGGAGUUUUUACCAAACAGAGUGGGACAAAGUCCAUCAAACAUACCAGGAGGAGGCUGACAAAUGUCGCAUGUUAAUGGAACAAAAGGUGGAAGAGACGAGGACCAAGAAUGAAGCUGAGAGGAAGAACCAGGAAGUGAGUCACCGCCAAAUCAUUGAGUCUCUCAAACAGCAACAUGAAACCUCCCUACAAGACCUAAAGAGAAUUCAGGAAAUCGACCUGGAGAACCUGAACAAAACAUUAAAGGAAACAGAAACUACUUUUUCUGACAAAAUAGAUACGCUGUCAGCAGAAAACGCGGCCAUGAAUGAAAAGCUGAAAGCAGAGGAAGAGAGGCGGAUGCUCUCAGAUAAGAAUCUGAAGGACUCCCACACUCUUUACCUGGAGCAGGAGCUAGAAAGUUUAAAGGUGGUGCUGGAGAUUAAGAAUAACCAGCUGCAUCAAAAGGAAAAGAAGCUCAUGGAAAUGAACAAACUGGUGGAGACAAAUGUGAAAUUGGAGGAAUGUCUGACAAAAAUUCAACAGGAGAACGAGGAUUACAAAGCUAGGAUGGACAAACACGCUGCUCUCUCAAAGCAGCUGUCCAACGAGCAGGCCAAACUCCAGCAGACACUACAGAAUGAGUCCAAGGUCAACAAGCGUCUUUCAAUGGAGAAUGAGGAGCUGCUGUGGAAACUGCAUAAUGGCGACCUGCUGGGGAGUCCACGCCGCCUCUCUCCUACAUCUCCCUUAAGCUCACCACGGAACUCUGCGUCGUUCCCUGCUGCUGCGCCCUUAUCGCCUAGAUAACGACAUCCUCCCCCUCUCCUCUAACGGCUCAUUCCAAACGCCAUGAAGAUGGAUGGAAGAUCCAAAAUUUUAGUGUUGGAUACGUAUCUCAUGAUGAACUUGUACAUUUUAAACUAUUUGCAGUAAAAGACUCGUGCUUUGAAAGCACAUCAUGGGGCUUGUUUAGCUUCUGACUACCAAAUGCCAAGAAACGUCUUUGUUAUUCUCAAGAAAAUUGCAGGCACUAACUACUCAGGGUUUGUAUAUAGCACCUCUCGUAUGUUAUGGCUAUUCACUUUUUACUUUUGUUGUGUACACAAUAAGGAGGAGGCUGAAAUAACUUGGUUGGGAUGUGUACCAUAACCAAAAUCUGUCAUUUACUUGUUCGUUUUUAUUCUCCUUUUCAAGAGAACGGUUUUCUCUCCAAAGAGCGAAGCUCAAUCACUGGUCUGCUUCAGACCUUUGGAAGAACUGAAUGAACUUCACAUGCUAAUGUGAGCAAAUGCAAACUUUCAACUGACCUAAACCCAUAGACUUGAACUUAGAUGUGCUUGUUCUAAGUUUGCUCCUUUCAACCUUACUCUACAAUGUGGAAUGUAAUUCUCCUUGGAUGUUUCGCUAUGUUUGUACUGGUCAAAUUAGACCCCACCUCCCAUUUCCUGAAGCAAAAUGCUUUUAACUACUAUAUUCCCGCUGUUACCUAAAAUCCCAGAUAAAUAAGACUAAUUGACACUUUGUAAAAUGACCUAAAGCCCUCAUUGACUUCAUAGCUGAUCACUUGUAAUGUCACGUUUGACAAAACUUUCCUACAGCAUGAAAACAUUUAUUGAGAGACACUAGCCUUUUAGUUGUUUUUCUGUCUUAAUCCUCUAAAACGUCAAAUGUACCUACAAUGCCUCAGUACAGUAUGGUCUCUUUUAUUUUGAAAACAGGAUAAAUACAGUAAGACAUUC